AUGUCUGAAUUCAACGAAAUGCCUCAAGCCUGGCGAGUUUACCUCUACGGCGCUGGCUCUAUUGCAUGGCGACAUGGCGUCGCGGCGAGAAGCCUCGGCGGUGAUGUCCAGCUUUUUGCUGGAGACCCCUCCGAAAAUGCUCGACAAGCAUUGCUCGCCAAGUUUCCCGACGCUACUAUUUAUGAAGAUGCCGAGGAAAUGCUUGCCAGUUCACCGGGGCAAGAGCGCGACAUAGUCGUGGUAGCUGUGCCUCCAUUCUUGCAUCACGCAGCAACACUGCGCGCGUUCCGAUCCGGCCGCCACGUUCUCUGCGAAAAGCCGCUGGCAACAUCCGAGAAGGAGAUGGUCGAGAUGCUAGCCGCCAGUGAUGAGGCCAAUCGAGUCUUCGGAGAGUGCAGCUUUCGGUAUCUUGGAAACAAAGCCUUAGACCGCGCGCGUCAUUUGAUCGAGACGGGAGGGAUAGGCUCCAUCUACCACGCCCGUUUCAUCAACCGCCAGCCCAGAGCUCGCGCGGGAGUCGAGUACCAACCGUCGAGCAGAUGGUUUCUGGAGAAAGAGAAGUCUGGCGGGGGCAUCAUAUUCGAUUGGGGCGUCUACGAUAUCACUAUGUUCUUCGACGUCCUCCGUCCUGUUGCUGCCACGGUUAAUCAUGCCUGGUUAGCCACGCCAACUACCGAAGCUGACCCGUCUGGGACAGCGAUCUCUGUCGAGACACACGCUGGCGCGUCCUUGACUUUGACACUUGAGGACGGUACCGUCAUUCCAUUUUACUGGGAGCGAGCCAGCGGUUUUCAUGGGGACGCUCAAGUCGCCCUGAAUAUCGAUGGCACAUCUGGUGGUCUGACGUGGGAAUGGGUUCCGACUUUUGACUACAAGGACGAAGUCGACGAGUUGGAGCAAGGCUUCAGACUGGUGCACUAUGUUGACGGAAACGGCAAAGUCGACGCCAGGGAGGAAAAGUUCCCUGCCUUUGGGUGGGAGGACGCGAACCAACGCCCCUUUCUCUCCUUCGUUGACUUGCUUGAGGGACGCGAUAGCGUUGCUCUGUCCAGGAGCAGGCUCGAAUUCAACUUUGGUGUUGUAUCGGCUAUUUACAAGUGUGCCUCCGAAGGCAAGCCCGUCCAUGUUCUGUUGAAGUAG